AUGCUUGCAUUGACGAUGGAGUUCCUUUUCGGGCGUCGAAAAACACCAGCAGAGCUGCUACGUCAGAAUCAACGAGCGCUAAACAAAGCUAUAAGAGAACUUGACCGCGAAAAACAACGUAUGGAAAUGCAGGAAAAGAAAGUGAUUGCAGAAAUCAAGAAAAUGGCGAAGCAGAAUCAAAUGGACUCCGUCAAAGUCAUGGCUAAAGAUCUCGUCCGAACUCGUCGCUACAUAAAGAAGUUCAUAAUAAUGAAGGCUAAUAUACAAGCAGUCUCCCUCAAGGUUCAAACUUUGAAGAGUCAGGAUGCUAUGGCUCAGGCAAUGAAGGGCGUCACACGAGCAAUGCAGUCAAUGAACAAGCAGCUGAAUCUUCCGCAGAUACAAAAGAUCAUGAUGGAGUUUGAAAAACAAAGUGAAAUCAUGGACAUGAAGGAAGAAAUAAUGGGUGAUGCCAUUGAUGACGCUCUUGGAGAUGAAACUGAUGAUGCUGAGAGCGAGCAGAUUGUCAAUCAGGUGCUUGACGAGCUAGGUAUCCAGAUGGGAGAGGAGAUGGCAAGCCUGCCCACAGCCGGUGGACAGAUUGGAGUUUCAACCGGCGAGAAAGCACGACAACCGGUCGCUGCUGGUGGCUCCGGUGGCCCUAGUGGUGGAACUGAUAUCGAUGACGAUCUGCAGGCUCGGUUAGAUCAACUAAGGAGAGAGUGAUUUUUGACACCUGUGUUUGUAUCUUCACUGCUGUAGAGCCUUUUGAAAUAGAGGCGAUUUUCAAAAGGCUGUACAUUUUGAAAGUCUCUUUAUGCUCCUGGCGCUAAAAUUCACAUACAUUUUUUGAUUCUUUUCUCCUUCCGGUCUUUAUGUCUUUUGACUCGUUCCUUGGCCCUGCUGCAUUCCGCUGGGUGUGUGUUUCUAGCCUUCUUCUACUAGAUUGAUUUGAUUAUUGCAAUAACUUGCAUAUGAUACGCAUGUUUCCGCAGCUUUUGUCUUAUAUACUUGUAUAAAAUUUAUAAUUAGUA